AUGCAUUACCAUCAUUCAAAUGGUCAACCGGUAACAAUUGAUAUUCAUAAUCAAUUAAAUGCUGCAAAUACAACUGAUACCAUUAUUGAUGGUGGUGGUAUAAUUACAUUGAACGGUUUAGGUUUAACAAGAAUUUUAAACUUUAAUCGAAAUGAUUUCCGUUAUAGCACGCCUGUAUUACCAGUUCAACGUUUAACAUUUAUAAAUGGUUAUUGUCAAGAUAAUAAUGGUGGUUGUGCAAUUUAUCAACCACUUGGAGGAACAACAAUUGUUAUUGAUUCAAUAUUUCAAAAGGUUUACUGGAAAUUCGCCAAUAAGAAUUUCGACAACGGAAUUUGGACAAUACUGCCGAAUUUCGAAAACUGUCUAGACUGUUUCCAAAGUACUACAAU